CAGGUGACGUUUACAUCAGUUCAGGAAUUAUAUAACGUCUUCAUAGCAAAGUCAACUGACUUUCUCUGGAGCAGCAGGGAAGUUUAUUUUUUUUAGAUUUGGGCAUCGCUUCUGCGCCGAGCACGAUUGCGCGUAAAUCUCAGCGCGAGGCGCGCCCGGUGCUGUCGAGACUGGGCGUCAGAGCGCGGGUGCUCGCCACGGGAGUGCUGGGUGUCGUCAUGGUGCUGGUGCUGGUCAUCCUCAUCCCGGUGCUGGUCAGCGCGGCAGGAUCCGACCCGCGCUACGAGAUGCUCGGCGCGUGCCGCAUGGUGUGCGAUUCGUCCGGAACGAAGUCUCCAUCAUCAGCACCGGCGGACAACAGUUUAGUUCAGUCCCCGCCAACUUUCAUCCGCGGUACGAAAGGAGAGCCAGGGCGCUCAGGAAGGAUCGGUCCGAGGGGUCAGCCGGGUCCGCCCGGACCUCCAGGUCCCCCGGGGGUCAUAGGAGAACCAGGGCCACCUGGAUUACCCGGUCCGCCCGGAGUCACCGGUGUCAUAAGCGCAGCGACGUACAGCACCGUCCCCAAAAUCGCCUUCUACGCAGGACUCAAGAAGCAACACGAAGGAUACGAGGUGCUGAAGUUUGAUGAUGUGGUCACUAACUUGGGCAACCACUAUGACCCCUCGAGCGGUAAAUUCACCUGCUCCAUCCCGGGGAUCUACUUUUUCGUGUAUCACGUAUUAAUGAGAGGCGGUGACGGGACGAGCAUGUGGGCUGAUCUGUGCAAGAAUAAUCAGGUGCGUGCCAGCGCGAUAGCGCAGGAUGCAGAUCAGAACUACGACUACGCCAGCAACAGUGUGAUCUUACACCUGGAGCCCGGAGACGAGAUCUACAUUAAACUAGACGGAGGUAAAGCCCACGGGGGAAACAACAACAAAUACAGCACCUUCUCAGGCUUCAUGGUCUACGCCGAUUAACACCUGUGGAAGAAACUGCACUUUCAGAUGAUCCUCGUUCUGACGUCACGGAGGACACGAAAAAGUGGACCCCCUCGAGCCUGUGAAGGAUACAGCAACUGACCGUCCGGCUGAGAACUAUACGUCUCCAAGCAUGUGAACACACACACUACACGCAAAUUAGUUUUUAGAGAAGUCACUGUGAUUUAGAAACAAAUCUUACAGUGUAACACUGGUGAUUGUAGUAUAUUUAUUGAGAGAUUAACCGGCAGAAAGCAGAAAAUCAUCAUUCCAUUCCACAUGUGCCUAC